CACAUAUGGCCACCUCCUCUCUUUCUCUCAUUUUCCUUUUGUCCUCUCUUCUCUUAAUUCCUUCACUCCUUGCCUCUUCUCCCUUACAAAAUCAUCAAUAUGUUGUUGAUCAAGUACAUAGGAGCAUAAAUGUGUCAAGGAGGAACUUAGGGUAUUUGUCUUGUGGGACAGGAAACCCUAUAGAUGACUGUUGGCGUUGUGAUCCAAACUGGGAGAAAAACCGUCAAAGGCUAGCUAAUUGUGCUAUUGGUUUUGGAAAAAAUGCCGUUGGUGGUAGAGACGGAAAAAUAUACGUCGUUACCAACUCUGGUAACGACGAUCCUGUUAACCCUAAACCGGGGACUCUCCGGUAUGGGGUUAUUCAAGAUGAGCCAUUAUGGAUUAUUUUUGCUAGGGAUAUGGUGAUUCAACUGAAAGAAGAACUUAUUAUGAACUCUUUCAAGACUAUUGAUGGAAGAGGAGCUAACGUUCACAUUGCAGGUGGACCAUGCAUAACAAUACAAUAUGUGACCAAUGUUAUCAUCCAUGGAAUUCACAUACAUGAUUGUAAGCAAGGUGGAAAUGCUAUGGUGAGGAGCUCCCCACAUCACUAUGGGUGGAGAACUAUAUCAGAUGGUGAUGGAGUGUCCAUUUUUGGUGGGAGUCAUAUUUGGAUAGAUCAUUGUUCCUUGUCUAAUUGUGUUGAUGGUUUGAUUGAUGCUAUAAUGGGGUCCACAGCAAUUACCAUAUCUAACAAUUACAUGACUAAACAUGAUAAAGUGAUGUUAUUGGGACAUAGUGAUUCCCAUGUCCAAGACAAGAACAUGCAAGUAACCAUUGCUUUCAAUCACUUUGGAGAAGGCCUUGUCCAAAGAAUCCCAAGAUGUAGACAUGGUUAUUUUCAUGUGGUGAACAAUGACUAUACUCACUGGGAAAUGUAUGCAAUUGGUGGUAGUGCAAAUCCCACCAUCAAUAGCCAGGGCAAUAGAUUCCUUGCUUCUGAUAUUAGAUUCAGCAAAGAGGUGACGAAGCAUGAAAUUUCACCAGAAAGUGAAUGGAAGAAUUGGAAUUGGAGGAGUGAUGGUGACUUAAUGUUAAAUGGUGCAUUUUUUGUAAAAUCAGGAGCUGGAGCCUCUUCAAAUUAUGCUAAGGCUUCAAGUUUGAGUGCAAAGUCUUCUUCACUAAUAAGUUCCCUUGUGUCCGGGGCCGGUGCCCUAAGUUGUCGGGAAGGUUCUCAUUGCUAGCUGAUUAAAAUGUUUUCUAACAAAGACGAGAAAAUAUUA